AUGGCGCAGGCCUGCCUCGCCUCGCCCCCUCUCGGGGGAGCGGGGCGACUUCUUCCCGCCGUCGGGCGGAGAGGAGGCGCGGGUGCGGCGGUGGGCUCGAGAGCGCGGUGCGACGGGCGGCCUGGCGCGACCCGGCGGGGCGCGGCACCUUCCGAGAAUGCAGAGAUCCAGCGAAGAAUUCGGGUGUCGUGCGGUGCAGCGAGAGAGCCCGGGAAGGCGGGCGACGACGAGGAUCCGAGCACGUCCGAGCCCAGCAUGGCUCCGCCAACACCCACACCGGUGUUCUCUCGCAGGCCCCUGAGCGCUAGGCAGCGCAAGAUUCUCAACGAGCGAGUCCUCUCGCGCCCGCCCCCCGGCCUGGGAGGAGCAAACGACGGGGCGCCCGGAUCCGGCCUGUCGCUGCAGGCGUCGCGGCAGCAGGCCGAGUUGUUCAAGGGCCUCACCCAGCAGCUCUCCGGCCUCGCCGCGCUGGGCCUCGGUAACGUCCCCGCGCUCGAGCAGUGGCGCAAAACCUCGCAGGAGCCCGAGGGCAGAAACGAAGAUAAGAAGGCACCGCGGCGUUGCAGCUGCUGCGGCGAGGUUGGGCACAACAAGCGAAGCUGCCCGGUGGCGUUCCAGCGAGACGUCGAUGCGUUGACGGGAAAACUCAGGCAGGGGGCUACGGAACUCGAGGCUAUCGGAUAUCUCGAGUCGGGCGGCGCCGCGGGUCCCAGCCCGGAGGCGCGAAAGGUUAGGUUGCCCGGGAGGGACGACGACGACGUCGACCUCGAGGAGUACUUCGAGGGCAAGUACCGCGACUUUUACGAGCGUAAGUUGACCCCGCACCCUCCCGCGCCGUGGCGUAUCGCGCCGGACGAGUCCACGGGACCGAUUCGGAAGCAAUCGACCAGCUCGAUCGAGAGAGAGCCGGCGGCGACGGAGGACGUCGAGCAAAGAUCCCGCGGCAGGCCGAAGCUGUACGCUCGGGUGAUUCAACCCGCGACGGCUUCGAGGUUCGGCCGGGCGUUUCGCCCGAAGACGUGCAGCGUGUGCGGGUCGCCGGACCACAACAAACGCUGGCACGAUGAGAAGGUCGCGGUGGAGAAGAAAUAUCCCGACUCGACGCGGUGCUCCUUCUGCGGCGAGGUCGGCCACAACCAGCGGAACUGUCCCAAAAAAAUGGACAAGCCGUCGGGCUACGGCUACGCGUACGGCUACGCGUACGGGCACGGCUACGGUGAGAGGUACGGGCGCGGCGAUUCGGGUCGCGGCGAGGCAGGCGCCGAGGAACGGCGGGGGGUUCCGGUCAGACCCCCCCGCGACAAACGCCCCCGCGACAAGGCGAAGGAGCUCGAAGCCGCCGAGCUCUGGCUGCAAUCGCGCGCUCGGUGCCCGGAGGAUUCGCGCGUGUCCAUCAAGAGCGCGUGCGUCAGGGUCGGAUACAGCAGGCGGUACGCGCAGAACGUGUACAACAGGGCGAAGGCUCUCGUGGCGGCGGGCUGGGUCGACGACGGCGGCGACGACGCGUGCGGUUUAGACGAAGUAAACGCGCCCCAGACGAACCCGACGCUGAUGUCGAUUGACGAGGAGGAGCUCGCGAUGCAAGCGGCGAUGGACUGCAUCGACGACCCUGAUUUACUGCCGGGUGACGCCGCGGUGAGGCGCGGGCUGAAACGAGGGCAGGCGAACUGGGUGGGGAUCCUUCGCAGGAAGAUACUGGACGGUGGGACGAUCGAUAGGCUGCCGGUAAAGUCUGCGACCCAGACGAGAUAUCUCUAG